GGGCGGGAUGUUGGCCAAAUGUACACCACUAACGGGAAGAACCUGUAGGGUGUCGCCAGAGCUGUAAAUAGAUAAGCGACAUUCCUACACGUCCUCAUGACUAAUUGGCACCAACCAAUAGAAACCUAUCAGAAUGACGCAACCACCACGGCCUUUAUAAUGUGCUUUCGUGGGGUCAUCGACACAGUGAGGCAGCCACGCUGCCGCCGGAGGUGUGCAGCCGUGCUCGGAAUUCUACAAGAAGUGGGUGAAGAUUUGUAGAUGCGUCUAGAUCUCUAGCUCGUCAGGCCAAUUGGAGAACAGAAAAGAAUGAUUCGAGCACCGAAAAGGUCCGAAGUCGGCGCAGUCGGUUCACGUACUUGUCGUCUACGUACCUGUCAUGAAGACAGCAAGUACAAUCAGUGUGGCCAUUCAAAUAUGACCAACUCAGAUAGAAGGAAAUUUCAAGAAUUGAUUGCAGCUGAUGUCAUUCGACCACACUGGGCAUUGCUCAAAGAACAAUUAUCUCCUUCUCCCAUUGUUGACAUACUGUACAGUGGGAAGUUGAUGUCAACAGUUGACUUUGAAGAAAUUUACAGCUACAGCAACAAUCGACGGCAAUCUGCACAUUUGCUACUAGACAAGAUUUCUCGAUCGUCAUUAGAAAUGUGUCUCUCUUUUGCCACCAUUUUAGUAAACAAUGUGAAUAAACACUUGAAGCAAGUUGGUCAAACCAUCGUUGAAGUUAUAGCAACUGCCAGUCCAGACGUAACUGUUCCAAAUGAAGUUUUGAGUUGUUUGUCAGCUCUAUCCUCUAUUAAAGACAGACCUCGAAGUCUUAGCUGCCAGUUGAAUGGAUGCAACAUUGUAUCAUUUGUGACUUUGGGUCUAGUGCCAUUCCAGCGAUUUCAUCUCCAACAAAUAAUGUUCGAAAUCGAACUUACAGCAUGCCUUUCAAUCAUCAAAUGUGACGUAGUUGGCCGUGUGACUUGCAUCAACAGUCGUCUUCUACUGAUCGGUUGUGAAUCAUUAAUGGUCACUCUCGACAUAGAAACCAAAGAAAAACGUUGCAUAUCAUUUCCAUUCAAAUUGUAUCACUUGUUUGCUUCUCAUGGAAAACCCUAUGGCAUAGUCGAAGAUACCACCAGUCAAGUGAUAAGUUUACUCAAAUUUGAUGUACAAAGCAGCAGCUACUUGCACAUCAAUAACCUGCCGUAUCAGGUGAAGUUCAACAGCAUUGCAUACAGUGAUGAAUACGUAUGCAUUAUCGGUGGCACAGAUAGGGACGGUCGACCAAUCACUCUGAUUCAAAUCUAUAACUUUCGGUUAAAAAAAUGGAUCUUUGAACCAUUGGACAAGUCCAAAUGGUAUCCGAGUUGUACAAGCAUAGUUAUUGACAGUGUUCUCUACAUUUUAAACAACAAAGAUGGAAGUAUUCAAUCUGUUCGUCUGUCUCCCACCUCUGUUUGCCGUCGAGAUUCGUUACCUUCGGUUCCUUUCGGCUCAUGCUGUAAGCUGCUGUCAAACAACUCACAACUACUCUGCGUUGUAGAAGGGAGCAACACCAUCUACGCACUCAAUGAGGCAGCAUGGCAGCCGGCGUUCAUGUUGCCCUACGAACUUCAUGGUGUAGAUGGUUGUGUAAUAGACAAUACCUCAAUGGUAAUCAUGGGCACUGAAGAUCACAAAGACUACAAAACAGGAUCUCUCUACUUGCUAAGGCAAUCAUAUUGACAACAUAACAUUGACAAUACUAACUGUCAUCUGGAAAUUGUAAAUAAACUAAAAUUAACUUGCUUUGGAUAAGAGCUGCGCUUGCCCAACCAUUCUAGCCUAGUUUUAAUUAUUUCUAUUUGCGUUUUAGUUGUUACAAACGUUUAUAUUGACCAUAUAGUCUAUCAUAUAUAGAGAUUGAGGUAUGCAUGCUCACGCUGUUUUGAUGUCAGUGUAACUCGCUCGAGCAAUAGCUCAAUAUAAUUAGUAUAUAAACUUAUAUCUU